UGUAGCUUUCUUCCUCUAGUAAGGCGGAAACCAAUCCUGAUUUGUCUUAAGAUAUGACAAACAUAACUUUGGUUGUAUCGUGAUGAUUUACAGCCAAUCGAUCAGCCCUGGUGUUAUCUCCACGUGUCAUUAGGUUGCAUGAACAAGUGGCUGCUAAUAGUCAUACAGAAUGGAAGAGAUCAUAUAAUGCUUUGAUGCCACAUUUGUUGAAUGGCGGUUUCUCCGGCUACAUCAAUAACCAUCUUGCUGCCUCAGCACAGAUAAGAAGCAGAACCUCUGACUGAUGCACUUGGUACUACUGUACCAAGUGGAGGCACUGUGCAUGCAGUUAGAGAUGAAGUUGGUUUUUCUGCAACUAUUUCACCAAAUUCUCUGCCACUAUUUUGAGUUGAUGUUUAAUAUAUUAUGAUCUGCUAAAAUGCCGAUUUUAUGUAUGUAAAUAUUCAUUUCACCUAUUAAGUUUUGUGUUUGAUCAUUCAGCAGGGUAGAAAGAAGAGAGGUACUACCUGUCCGAGGUUACUUUGGUGGGUCUUGUAGGCAGCAUAUAAUUUAUAAAUUUCAUAUUAACAAGCCGCCACAUUUUCUUGACAUGAUAAUAGGUACUUCUUUAAACAAAAUGAAAGUCCACAAGAGAAUCAUGCCUAAAUAAAAGAAAAAUUACGGAAAUGUAAAAUAAUUUUUCUUCUAAUUUCCAUCUUUACAUGAAACCACACUAUGUUCAAAUUUCCUUUUGAUUUCAUCUCUCAAAAAUGAGUUAGCCAGAGGAUCAUGUCUCUAAGCUGUUAUUAACAGAGAAGAUGAAGAUGAAGAGCAAAUCAGCUGUUAUUACAUUUAGUCUGGGAUUCAUUUUAUCAAACUGGGCAUGGGAAGGUUGGUGUGAAGGUGCAUUAGAGAUAGGAUUUUACAGAGGAAAAUGUGGAAUUGUAGAUGUCGAAGCCAUAGUGGCCGGCGUUGUCACUGCCAGGUUCAUUAGAGAUCCCACCAUUGUGGCUGCACUCUUGCGUUUGCAAUAUCAUGAUUGUUUUGUCAAUGGGUGUGAUGCAUCAAUUCUGAUAGACGGCAGCAACAGUGAGAAAACAGCACUUCCAAAUCUGAGCUUAAGAGGUUUUGAUAUUAUAGACGAUGCCAAGGCUGCUGUUGACAGAAUUUGCCAAGGGGUGGUGUCCUGUGCUGAUCUUAUUAUAAUUGCUACUAGGGAUGCUGUUUUCCUGAGUUUAGGAGGAAGAUAUGAAGUGCAAACAGGAAGAAGAGAUGGUUUAGUCUCUCUACCUCAAAAUGUGUCUCUCUUUCUCCCCCCGCCUGCAGCUUCAGUCUCUCAGUCCAUCGCCUUGUUUGCCAAAAAAGGCCUAACUCCAACUGACAUGGUUCUUCUUCUAGGAGCUCACUCUGUUGGAGUAGUUCAUUGCUCACUCUUCGAGGAUCGUCUUUACAAUUUCAAUAACACCGGCAGGCCUGAUCCAACCAUGGAUCUUUUUCUUGUAACUUUACUCAGACUUCCUUGUCCUCAAAACACAUCAACAAACAAUGCAGUUAAUCUUGAUCAGAAUAUAUUUCCAUUCAUGGACAACUCAUACUAUCAGCAAUUAUUAUUGAAUAGGGGCAUUCUUCCAAUUGAUCAAGAGUUGGCAUUACACCCAUUAACGAGGGGUACAGUGAUGAACUUAGCCACCAGAGGGUUUGAUUUCCCGAUCCAGUUCGGCACUGCCAUGGUUAAACUUGGAGCUAUUGAGAUUCUUACUGGUAGUCAAGGAGAGAUUAGAAGAUCUUGCAGAGCCUUCAAUCAGGAUUAAAAAGUGGUGUCCCAGUCUUGGAAAUUAAUGGGCAUUCAGGCAGCAUAGAGAUAUAUAAUUAAAUUAUUUUGGUAGUUAAGUUAUUGUGCACCAUCUUAAGCAAUUUGCAAUGAACUCUGCAUACAUUGCUUGAAAAAAAUUGUAUGUCUUGAGAGAUCAUUACUUUGUAAGGUAAUUAUUUUUAUUAUUCUAUUAAAAAAAUAGGUGGAAUUUCCCUUUUCA